CCCAGCACUUGUGGGGGAGCAGCGUGGAGGCUUCAGUGGAGUCUUGCGUUCGAAUCGCGGCCUGGAACGAAUAGAGAAGCCCUUUGCCACAGAUGUGAGCAGUGAUGAGGGCGAUGGUCUUUGUCGAGGGAAAGGAUGGAGACCCGGGCCAAGGCCUAUGAAUUGAGAUCUUCGGCGCUGGGCUCUGAAGGCUGCCCGGGCUUUGACUACAUUUUCCCAUGUCCACCGUAGUAGCCGAGACAGCUUCCUGUCCGCGCACCGACGCUCUCGCGACUGUAGGAAGCGUCCCGCCCGAGUCACCGCGGAACAUUCCUGUAGGGAUCGCAGGGUCAGCUCUGCUUCCUCGGGACUCUGCUUCACCAGGAGAGGAGUAUAGAAGACUGAUUGAUUCUGGGAAUUUUAAGUCAUGGCCCAUCAGUUGAUGGUGUUCAGGGAUGUAGCUAUAGACUUCUCACAAGAGGAGUGGGAGUGCCUGGACUUGGAACAGAGACACUUGUACAGAGAUGUGAUGUUGGAGAACUACAGCAACAUGAUCUUGCUGGGACUUUGCAUUUAUCAGCCAGAUGUGUUUUCUUUACUGGAGAAAGGGAAAGAGCCUUGGAUGGUUUUACAGGAUGAGACAAGAGGACCAUGCCCAGACAUGCAGUCCAGCUGUCAGAGCAAGAAGUUAUCACAAAAACAUGUCACUUUUGAGAGAGAAAUACCUCAAUUGGAAAUUUGUAAAAAACACAACCUUGAAUAUUUAUGUUUUAGGGGUGAUUGGGAAAGCAAAGAUCAGUUUGAAACACAACAGGAAAAUCAGGAAGAAUGUUUUAAGCAGGUUACACUUACCUAUGAAAAAAUGUCCACUUUUAACCAUCACACAACUUUUAAUGUACAUCACAAACAGAAUACAGGAAAGAAACUGAAUGAAUUUAAAGAGUCUCGGAAAGCCUUUCGUUCUGGCUCAGACUGUACUCAACAUCAAUUAAUGCACACUAGAGAGAAAUUUUGUGAAGAUAAGGAAUAUGAGAAGACCUUCCUUUCUGAUUCAGAACUUACUCAGUAUCAGACAGUUCACUCUGCUAAGAAAACAUAUGAAUGUAAAGAAUGUGGGAAGGCAUUUAGUUUGCGGUCAAGCCUUACUGGUCAUAGGAGGAUUCAUACUGGUGAAAAACCUUUUAAAUGUAAGGAAUGUGGGAAGUCCUUUAGAUUUCAUUCACAACUUAGUGUCCAUAAGCGUAUUCAUACUGGUGAGAAGUCUUAUGAAUGUAAGGAAUGUGGGAAGGCCUUUAGUUGUAGCUCAGAUCUUACACGACAUCAAAGAAUUCAUACUGGUGAAAAACCCUAUGAAUGUAAUGAAUGUAGGAAGGCAUUUAGUCAGCGAUCGCAUCUUACUAAACAUCAGAGAAUUCACACUGGUGAAAAACCUUAUGAGUGUAAGGAAUGUGGAAAAGCUUUUACUCGUGGCUCACACCUAACUCAACAUCAGAGAACUCAUACUAGUGAGAAAUCUCAUGAAUGUAAGGAAUGUGGAAAAGCCUUUAUUCGUGGUUCAAAUCUUGCUCAACAUCAGAAUGUUCAUGUUGGUAGGAAACCCUAUGAAUGUGAGAAAUGUGGAAAAGCCUAUAUCUGGAGUUCACACCUUGCUCGACAUCAACGAAUUCAUACUGGUAGGAAACCUUAUGAAUGUAAGCAGUGUGGGAAGACAUUUAUUUGGGCCUCAUACCUUGCUCAACAUGAGAAAAUUCAUAAUGAGAGGAAACUCUAUGAAUGUAAGGAAUGUAGAAAGACCUUUCUUCAUGGCUCAGAGUUUAAUCGACAUCAAAAAAUUCAUACUGGUGAGAGAAACUAUGAAUGUAAGGAAUGUGGAAAGACCUUUUUUCGUGGUUCAGAACUUAAUCGACACCAGAAAAUCCAUACUGGAAAGAGGCCAUAUGAAUGUGAAGAAUGUGGUAAAGCCUUUCUCUGGGGUUCACAACUUACUCGACAUCAGAGAAUACAUACUGGUGAGGAACCUUAUGUAUGUAAAGAAUGUGGGAAAUCUUUUAUCUGGGGUUCACAACUUACACGACAUAAGAAAAUUCAUACUGAUGCAGAAUCCUAUGAAUGUAAGGAAAGUAACCAGAUCUUUAAUGACCAUCCAUAUUUUCCUGAACAGAAAAUUCACAAUUGUGAGAAUCUCUAUCAAUGGAAAGACUAUGGGAACACAUUUAGUCAGGACUCAGACUUUCCUCAGCACCAGGAUAUUUAUAGUUUUGAGAAAUCCUAUGAAUAUAAAAAUUUUGAGACAUCAUUUUCUCCAACCUCUCACUUUAUUUCACUCUUAUGAUAUAAAAAUAUAGGAAGGCCUGUAUUCACGACUCAUUGAUGAGAAUCAAUCUCUUCUUUUGAGAACCCCCACAAAUGUAAGUAAUAUUGGAAAACCCUUUAAUGGAGCACCUAACACUGAAUAGCAGACAAUUCAAAUGCAAUCUGUUAUUAAUACCGGAAAGCAUUUACUUAUGGUUUUCCAUUUGGAAUAUCAGAGUAAAACCCUAUGAAUAAGA